AUGGCCCCAUCGACAAACCACGCAGCCUUCUGUCCAGCCCCAGGCAAACACCUCCCCUUCACCGUCUCCCCCGCCCCCUACACCCAACCUUGCGCCGGCGAACUCGUCAUCCGCACCCACGCCCUCGCCGUCAACCCGGUCGACCACAUGCUCCCGGACUUCGGCACCUUCAUGUUCACCCACAUCAAAUACCCGGCCGUCUUCGGCUUCGACGUGAGUGGUGAAGUCGUCGAAGUAGGGAAGGGAGUGACGCGGUUUCACGUCGGGGAUCGGGUGGUGGGGUGUGCGUUCGGGGCUGACAAGGAGCGGAAUCGGAAUGCGGAGGGCGGGUUUCAGGAGUACGUUGUUACUAUGGCGGAGCAUACGAGUCCGAUCCCGGAUAGUCUGUCCUACGAACAAGCGGCCGUCAUCCCCCUCGGUCUCUCCACCGCCGCAGCAGCUUUAUUCCAAAAAGACCAACUCGCCCUCCCCUAUCCACCCUCCAACGGCGCUCAAGCGGAGGAGAAGAAGAAGAAGAACGAAACCUUGUUGAUCUGGGGCGGCAGCACAAGCGUAGGCUCCAACGCCAUCCAACUCGCCACCGCGGCGGGCUACGACGUCAUCACCACUUGCUCGCCGCGCAACAACUCUUACUGCCAAUCCCUCGGAGCGGGAGCGUGCUUCGACUACAACUCCCCCACCUGCGUCGCCGAUAUCGCCAAAGCCUUCCAAGGCAAACUCUGCGCGGGCGCGGUGGCGAUCGGGAACGGAGGCGUGGACAGGUGCAUGGACGUCCUCGCCCGCACCGACCAAGUGAAGAUGAAGGCGAACAGGAAGAGGUUCAUCGCCAUGGUCUCCUUCACCUUUCCCACGCCGAUGCCGAAGAGUUUCGUCUUCCCGCGGUUUAUAGCUUGGAUGAUUUAUUGGAAUUCGGCCAUGGCAAUCAAAGGGUGA